AAAAUGCUCUUUUAUCUCCUCUCUGCUAUAAUCUUCACCACUGUAGCUUCUGCUGCACUUACUUCUGCUCCUGCUCUAACAGUACAUGAAGCGGGGGGAGCGGUUUUCCAAAAUUUAACUGAAAAAGCUCUAUUUGACUAUUUCCAAAUCGGUUUCGAUCAGACAUUGACUAUUGCCGAGAGGGACCAAAAGAGCGCUGAAUGGGCGGAGAAGCACGGAAUUGCUGACAAAUGGGCUGUAUUCUAUUCAACGUGGCAAGCCAGAGAGGAAAAGUUUAACAAAAUAAAAACCACUGUAUUCGAAAGACUCCCAUCAACUUACAAAAAGCUUUCUGAGAUCAUUGCCAACAAAAAUCAAACCCUUUCUCAAGUUGGAACCGCAAUUCAAGAACUCGACGAAAAGUUCAACUUGGAAGUACAACUCAUCUUUAUUCUGUCGAAAAUUCUCAGACUAAAUGAGAAAAUUGUGAUGAACGGUGGACUGAAUGAAGUUGGAAAUGAGGCUACUGAAAAUUCGUUCAGAAGAAUGAGGGAUUUUGAGGGAAGAAGCAUGGAUGUGAAAGCUCUCAUGAUUCCAGGACCACUAUAAGCUAUAACUUUUUUUGGAAACAUUUUAAUGUUUGUAUAUUUGGAAAUAAACUAUUUACUUGAA